AUGGGGCCCACCGAAAUGAAUUUUCAACAGCGGUCACGUUCAAUGGGGCAAGAAUUCGAGAACAGGCUUAUCUCACGCUUCUUUGCCGCACCAAAAGCUGAGCUUCAAUCACUGGGGGAGUUAUUGCAAUCUUAUGAAAUCGCCUUACAAGCUGGUGCCAAUCUUGCACAGAUAUUUGCGAUUCCGCUUGCUAGCGAUAGUAAAGCUGCCGGAAUCGGUCCCUUAUUCAGCUCACUGCAUCCCCAAGUGCUGGAAGUCGAAGACUCAUGCGACUCUCUUGUCAAUUGGGCCGAUGUCAUUCGAUCGGCGGUGUAUGAUGCAGAGUUCCAACAGACCGGCAAAUAUCACGUUCGGAUUGAGAAAGGAAAUGCUUUGCUAGAGCUGCCUCAGGCGGACCAUGACUUUAUAUCAACUGGAAUCCCUCGACAGCUUGUCGACCCGUACUCAUAUCCCAGUGAUAUUUCAUCAGAAAUCAAUGCCACCAAGCUCACUUUAGAGCAAAUGACUCACUGGCAGGAUAUCAUCAGUGGAAUGUCGCACACGACCGGAAAUGCUCUCAAAAGGUUGGAAGAGCGACUAGAGCUGCUGAAACGCAAGCUGGGUGCCCUUGUGACCCACGAUGAUAUGCUCAGGAAUGGGGAAAAUGCAGAGAGGGACGAAGAAACGAGCCAAAGGAGGCGCAGGACUCCAUUGGACUCAUGA